AUGCCAGAGAAAAAAGCUGCUAAGCAGUCUACGUUGGGGUGCGUUAGAGAUUCGCAAACCACAAUUGGGAAGUUCUUCGGUUCUGGAGCCACCCAAGGAUCCAAGGAUGCGCCCAAGCGUCAAACAACAUUAUCCUUCUCCGACGGCAAUAAACAAAAGGAUGUAUCCACAUCGGAGAAGACUGAGACUGCAUUAGAAGAGAAUGAAGUUGAUGUCGACCGUACUGCAAAUGGAGAUGCCAAGUUCAAAGAUGACGUCUCAGUCCUGCCCGCCAAGGGAGUAAAGAGGGAACAGAGUGUGGAAGCCGAUGCAAACUCAGAUUCAGAUGUGCAACCUGCUACCAAACGACGAAGGAAAGCCGCAAAAGAUGCUAAAAACAAAAAGCCAAAGAAGGAGAAAGCGGAAGAAAUUGUCUCUUCCCCCGAAGUUGUAAAGAAAGCUUCCGGUGAAGUGACACCAACCGAAGAAGACAAGUCCGAACCUGCCGAGGAGUUAUCAGCGAGUGAUGAUGAGGACGAGAAGCCGGAGGUCAAGAAGAAAGAGAUCGAAAAGGUUCAAGCUACACUUGGAAGCACCGGUAUUGAUCCUUAUCCCGAUUGGAAGGCUGGAGAACCUGUUCCAUAUGCUGCUUUAUGUACAACGUUCUCCCUCAUCGAGAUGACCACAAAACGUCUUGUUAUCUCAGCACAUGCGUCUCUUUUUCUAAACCAAGUUCUUCGGCUUACACCAGGAGAUCUCUUACCAACAGUCCAAUUGAUGAUCAACAAACUGGCCGCUGAUUAUGCUGGUAUUGAGCUCGGAAUUGGAGAAUCUUUGAUCAUGAAGGCUAUUGGAGAAACUACCGGGCGAAGUUUGGCGGUUAUCAAAGCCGAUCAACAUGAAAUUGGCGACCUAGGCUUGGUCGCUGCUAAGAGCAGGUCGAACCAACCUACAAUGUUUAAACCAAAACCAUUGACUGUGAGAGGAGUACACGAAGGUCUCCUGUCAAUAGCAAAAGUCCAAGGCCAUGGAUCCCAAGAUAAAAAGAUUUCUGGUAUCAAGAAACUUCUGUCUGCUGCCGAUGCGGCAACUGCUGGCAAGGGUAGCAAGGGAGUUGACAUCACCAAAGAUAAAGGAGGACCCAGCGAAGCGAAAUUCCUUAUCAGAUUCCUGGAAGGAAAACUGAGGUUAGGGCUAGCUGAGAAGACAGUACUGGUUGCUCUUGCACAUGCAGUAGUUGCUUACGAAGCUGCUCUCAACGGUGAUAAGGCUCCAAGCGCCGACCGAUUAGCAGACGGUGAAGCUGUGCUCAAACAGACUUAUAGUGAACUACCGGCUUACGAAGUUAUUAUUCCUGCUAUGCUAGAGCAUGGGAUCUUCAACCUUGCCAAUGUUUGCAAAUUGCAACCUGGUGUUCCUCUAAAGCCGAUGUUGGCUAAGCCAACUAAGUCUAUAACUGAGGUACUUGAUCGCUUUGAAGGCAAGGACUUUACCUGCGAGUACAAGUAUGAUGGCGAACGUGCUCAAAUCCAUUACGUUGCCCCUGAUUCGAUACACCAAUAUCCUAAUGCUACGACAACAUUGCAGAAAGAUGCAAAGGGCCUGAGUUCGAUUUUCUCUCGGAAUUCCGAAGACCUGUCCAAAAAGUAUCCGGAUAUUCUCGCCAAGCUGGAUAGAUGGAUCAAACCUGGAGUUUCAAGCUUCGUCCUUGACUGCGAAACCGUGGCCUGGGAUUUGGAAACCAAGAAGGUGCUUCCGUUUCAGCAGUUAAUGACUCGUAAAAGAAAGGAUGUCAAAGCUGAAGAUGUUAAAGUCAAAGUUUGUGUCUUUGCCUUUGACCUCCUUUUCCUAAAUGGCGAUCCAACGGUCAAGAAAAGCCUUCGAGAACGGCGUCAGCUCCUACAUGAUUCUUUCAACCCCAUUGAAGGAGAGUUUGCUUUCGCUCAACAUGGAAACACCAACGACCUGGAGGAAAUCCAACACCUACUGGAGGAAAGUGUCAAAGCAUCAUGUGAGGGUUUGAUGGUGAAAAUGCUAGAUACUGAGGAAAGCGGCUACGAACCCAGUAAGCGAAGUCGAAAUUGGCUCAAGGUGAAAAAGGACUACCUCGCUGGUCUUGGGGACUCUCUCGAUCUCGUUGUUCUAGGUGCCUAUUUUGGGCGUGGAAAACGUACAUCGGUAUAUGGCGCUUUCCUUCUCGCGGCUUACAAUACCACGAAGCAGACCUUUGAAACGGUCUGUAAUAUUGGUACCGGUUUCUCUGAAGCCGUGUUGGAAGAACUUCAUAAAGAACUUUCUCCGCUGGCCAUCGACCGCCCCAAACCGUUCUACGACCAUUCAAGCGUUCCCAAGGACCAACCAGACGUUUGGUUCGAACCACGUCUUGUAUGGGAAGUCAAAGCCGCCGAUCUGACCCUCAGUCCCCGAUACAAAGCUGCUGCCGAUGAAGUAGUAGGUACGACUGGUGGUGGGAAGGGGAUAUCCUUGCGAUUCCCUCGCUAUAUCAAAGCCCGCGACGACAAAAAGCCCGAAGAAGCCACAACGACCCGUGCUGUGGCUGAAAUGUAUCGCAAACAAGAAGCUAUUGUGAAGGAGAAUGCCGGUAAAAAGGGCGUCGAUGAUGAUUUUGAGUAUUAA